AUGGUUAAAUGUGAUUUCGAUUGCGCCCACGAAGAGAUAGGGCCGGAUGUAUUAGAAUUUGUUGGUCCUGUUAAAAUUGUUUUGGUUGAUCAAUCGAAAUGUGCGUACGCUUGUAAAACAUGUUACGCUGCUAUGAUACUCAUGGCUCAAAUGCUAUUGGCCACCACGACAAUUAUAGUGAUGUUAUUCUCCUUGUCUUACAAGAAAAGCAAGUGCUUCAUGGCCUUGCAUAUAUUUCUAUGCACUGUUGGGCUUCAAGCUAUUAUACCAUCAGGCAUUUUAAGUCUAAAUAAUUUAAAUGGUUCUUCAGCACCAAUGAAACUAUCAGAUCGCAAAUUUGAACAUAUUUUCAUGCAGUGCAUUGGAGUGUUAUGUGCAGUUUCUGGGACGGUUUGGCUGCAACAGUUCCUACAAUUUUAUGCGCCAUGA